GAUUGACUCCAUGGCGGCUAUGAAUAGCUACAGAUAGAGCCACGAGCAGCUCGGCUGUGGUGUGGUACCUGGUGGUACCGGUACCGGGACUGGUGUGCAUGGGUGAGAUGACACUUCUUUUGGGUUCUCGUGCAAUCUUAAAUGGUCGUGGUUAGGGCUAGGGGUAUCUUAGUACGUCAGUCGGAAAGAAUUCGAGUUCAUUCGCAUUGGCUUUUUUGAAGCAUCACCACAACACCACAAACAAUCGCAGCGAAAGGGCAGCAACAGAAAGCAAAGGUAGGCUAUAGAAGACCUGCUCAUCUCAACAUGAGCAUGACUUCCAUGAUAGGGAAAGCUGUUGGACUGGGAAGUGUUGGGUUGGGUGCCUCUGCAAUUUUUCGGUAUCAGCAAAUCCUGCAACGAGAAGAGCAACUCCCGAGCAAAGCGCAUCCACUCUUGCCUGGUGUCGCGAACAGCAACAGUAGCAACGGUAAAAAGAAUGCGAUUGUCAUUGGAGGUGGCGUGGUGGGUGUAACAGCCGCGUACAAGUUGGCUCUGGCAGGACACUCCGUGGCUCUUUUGGAACCCAGAAGUGAACCUGGUCAGGAAUGCAGCGCUUGUGCUGCGGGAGGAAUGCAACGGUCCAACCCCACCGUGGACAAGGACACUUGGAUGGCAGUCCUGCAAUCCAUUGCGCCUUGGAAGUCAGGGUCUGGAGACUUCAAGUUUUUCCACAUUGACUGGUGGAAGACCCUGUCAGAUCCUUUGUUUGCUAGAUGGAUCUUUACGUUUACCAGAACCAGUUUGUUUCCUGGACCAGAACAGCAAGAUAAGCAACAGCAAAUGCUAGCCUUUACCAAAUACGCAGUAGAAGACAUGGUCAAAAUGAUGAAAGAUCCAAACGAUAACAUGGCAGUCAAGUCUGGAUUCAAUCCAAGAGGGAGCCUCAACCUAUCCUACCAGCAGCCAGCUCAGACAAAAACGGUGUCACACCCAUCUGGAAGUAUAAAACGGGCCGUGGAGCCCGUCCAGGAACUGAUCAACGACCAAAUAACGGAACAAGAGCCAAGUAUAAUUUUCCAAACAGUGAAGCCAACAACUGCCAAGUUCCAGUACGAAUCUUGUGCCGCCAGCUCGGAACGAUUCACCCAGGAACUGGCACAACGAUGUAAAGACUUGGGCGUCACGUUUCUGUACGAUACCACGGUCAAGGCCAUUCAGGUGGAUCAGAAGGACAACAGCACCAACAACAACAACAACAAUAAACCCCGUAUUUCCCAACUGGUCACCAAUCGUGGCGUCGUCCAUGUGCCGGAAAACACCGACGUUGUGGUGGCUGCUGGUGCUUGGGUGCCUCAUGUUUUGGCGCUCCUGGAUCUCUACGCCCCCGUCUACCCACUCAAGGGCUACGCCAUGUCCGUCAGUGCCAAAGACGCACUCGCGUCCAACAAGCUACUCAAAGAACAAGAUCUGCCGUCACGGAUUGUGUCGGAUAAAUACAUGUUCACCUCUCGACUCGGCGACGAGAUUCGAAUCACAUCCAUUGGCGAAUUCAGUGGAUGGUCCACCGUGCCCAACCAGAGUGUCGAAGCGGAAGUUCGACGGGAGGCAGUGCGUCAGUUUCCUCAACUCCAAAGUUUGAUCGAGAAAGCGCCCACACGGUGUGGCCACCGCCCGUAUGUCAGCGAUGGCAUUCUCUUGCUGGGACGAGCCGAUACCCACGAGAAUCUUUUGGUCAGCUGCGGACCUGGCUCGAAUGGUUGGAAGCUGGCCAUGGGCUCGGGAGAAGUGAUCCAGCGACUCGUCUCGGGCGACACGGAGGAGCAAAUCUCGCAAGACUUGGGAUUUGAUGUCAGGACGUUCUCUCCAGGAAACGGUCGCGUCUCGAAGGCGCCCCUGUUUGCCAAGCUCUGUCGAGCCCGUUGGGAUUUAUAGUAACGACACAGACGACAACCACACUUUUGCUAGCUAGCCGCUACUGCUGAAGCCAAGACUAUGCCAUCCCAUGUAGAAAAUCACCAAAGCAGAUAUAGUAAUAAUAGUCACAAAAUCAUUAUAGGGAACGUUUAGCACUAGCUAGCACUAAUACAC